CUCUUCUUAUUAAUACUAAUAUUAAUAUUCAUAUUAUUAUUCUUAUUAUUAUGUUCUUAUUUUCACUAAGAAUCAGCAGAGCUUUGAGAUCCAACAAUGUCGAAUAUCCAGUGAGAUUUCUCUAUCGUCUUCCUCUGGGUUAGCUUAUUCUAGGGUUAGGGUUCUUCGUUCUGCUUUUUGGGCGUUUUCCUAAAAGGGAAACUUUUUCUUCGCAUAUUUUUCAUUGGGGUGGGGGUUCGGAUGCCGGUAUUUUAGGGUUUGAGAUUUGGUUGCCUGGGCCUGGGUACGGUGCAGAUCAAGAGAGUAUUCUCUUUGGCUGAUUUAAACUGAUUCAGUUUCGUGGAUUGGCUAUAUAGUGGUUACAGAGCUUUUGCAAAUCGAGGGUCGUGCGUGGUUCAGGUGUUUGAUUUGGUGGGCUUUGGGAUGAAUCCGGAAGGGAAAACGGGGGAAUUAGGGUUAUCGGAUGUUUGAUAUGAACUGUUUGUAUGACAGGAAUUGUAGGGUUUGACGCGCUGCUGUCGUUUUUUCGGUGUUCCGGCGUUGAAGUUCGCGGGUUUGACUGUGAUUGUUGGUUGCGUUAGAAGUUUUCUGGCGAGACCGGUUCGAUUUGCUGGCCCGUAAUGUAUCAUUACUGAGGGGUCCUCUGCGGUGGUGUGGAGGAUCCCUGUUGGACGGAGUUAAGAUCACUGUUUUUAAUCGUGGGAUUGGACUUUGGAUGGGCUUUGCUUAUACAGUUGACAUGGGGGGUGUUUAAUUUUUGGCAGUUUAUUAAUGUGAAAAGGUUGUAUAUGUCUACAAGAUGGUUGUGUGAAUUGGGUGUUUCUGCAUUUUACGGAGAGCAACCAAAAUAAGGGGACUAUUGAUUUGUCUUUUUGAGGAUUGGUUUUCGCAUAUUUCUGCAUAAGAUUGGAGAAAUGUACUCUUCGGGUACAGAUUCUGUGCCGGAAGCUAGUGGGGUUGCUGGUACAACCUUAGUUCCCAUGAGGUUUGUGUGGCCUUAUGGGGGAAGAAGAGUAUUCCUCAGCGGUUCUUUCACUAGGUGGUCUGAACAUUUGCUGAUGUCCCCUGUCGAGGGUUGUCCCACUGUAUUUCAGGCUAUUUGCAGUUUAACACCAGGACAUCACCAGUACAAGUUUUUAGUCGAUGAAGAAUGGCGGCAUGAUGAACAUCAACCUUAUAUAAAUGGAAUUUAUGGGAUAGUGAAUACUGUUACUGUCCUAUUAUCUAGGGAGCCUGACUCUAUUCCUUCAAUCUUAAGUCCUGACAUGCCUGGAACCAGGACCCACAUGGAUGUGGAUAAUGAUGUGUUUCAGCGUGUGGUCACAUUGUCAGAUGGUGCCCUGCAGGAGGCAGUGCCAAGGAUUUCGGAGGCUGAUAUAGAGGUCUCUCGGCAACGUAUUUCUUUAUUCUUGUCUACACAUACAGCGUAUGAGUUGCUUCCUGAGUCAGGCAAGGUCAUUGCCUUGGAAGUGAAUUUGCCUGUGAAACAAGCAUUCCAUAUUCUCUAUGAGCAGGGAAUUUCUGUGGCGCCUCUAUGGGACUUCUCCAAGGGGCAAUUUGUUGGAGUUCUUAGUGCAUCUGACUUCAUCUUGAUUUUGAAAGAGCUUGGAAGUCAUGGAUCGAAUCUGACCGAGGAAGAACUUGAGACACACACUAUAUCUGCUUGGAAAGAAGGAAAGAUGUUUCUUGAUAGACAGGUUGAUGGGCAUGGGAGAGCAUUACCAAGGCGUCUAAUCCAUGCUGGACCAUAUGAUUCUUUAAAAGAUGUUGCCUUGAAACUUCUAAGAAAUGAGGUGGCAACAGUUCCUAUUAUCCAUUCUACUUCUCAGGAUGGUUCAUUUCCACAACUAUUGCAUCUUGCUUCCUUGUCAGGAAUACUGAAAUGUAUUUGCAGGCAUUUUAGACACUCUUCCAGCUCCUUGCCAAUCCUGCAACAGCCUAUUUGUUCAAUUCCUUUGGGUACAUGGGUUCCAAAAAUUGGGGAAUCAAGACGGCCAUUAGCAAUGUUGAGACCAAAUGCAUCUCUUAGUGCUGCAUUAUCUCUAUUAAUUCAAGCUCAAGUUAGUUCAAUACCAAUAGUUGAUGAUAAUGACUCACUACUAGAUAUAUAUUCUCGAAGUGAUAUAACUGCUUUGGCCAAAGAUAGAGCUUAUGCACAGAUCCAGCUUGAUGAAAUGACUAUCCAUCAGGCGCUGCAACUGGGACAAGAUGGAAAUUCUCCUUAUGGCUUCUUCAACGGCCAGAGAUGUCAAAUGUGUCUGCGUACUGAUCCUCUGCAUAAAGUGAUGGAACGGUUGUCAAAUCCAGGAGUGAGGCGGCUUGUAAUUGUCGAGGCUGGCAGCAAACGUGUAGAAGGUAUUGUUUCCUUGAGUGACGUGUUCAGGCUGUUGCUUGGUUAGCUGGAAGUACCGUGUAAGAAUUUCAUAAUAGGAGUGCCCUGGUGUUAAUUGGAGAACCUACAAUCUAUGGUGUCAUUCAUUACUCGUCCUGGCCUUUUUCUGUGCAUGCCUCACUGUUGUUCGUGGGCGAUGGAUGGUCUCAUUUAUUUUGGAAUCUUUGAUUGGAUGGGCCUCAGGUUCGAGAGCCUGGUCUUUAUUAGGAUAAAAGGCUGUAGAGGUCUGUAACUUGAGGGGAUUCAUUUUUUUUUUCCUUUUUUCCCUUCCCUUUUUCAUUCUCCCCUAACCCUAAUUAUUAUCAACUCAAUUCUGCUGCUGAUAUGGUUGCCCUGUCUGCUCAUAGUUUACCUACUACUAACAGAAAGUAGGAAGAAAUGUGAAAACAAACUCAACGACAUUGGUGACGGGUUGUCAUGAUGCUAUCUAUGCCAUUCACUGUAGUAGUGGUCAUGGUUUAUGCCGUUACAUGGGAAUUAAUAUUGUGGGUAAAGGGAUCAUUUGUCUAUUCAUUACAAGUCAGGUGUUUUGUGCUUCUUUUGUUUUCUCCAGUAUGAGUAUGAUAAUGAAUUGCUUGCAACUUUGAAUUUGGAAAUCACGAGGAGGCCGACUACGGGAAAAAAAGGAACAUGGGUCACUUGACAUUUAAUGCAGUAUUAUUACCCAAUAUUUUUCUUUCA